AUGUCCGCUGCCCUUGAGCUGGGUGACCUCCUGAGAUACGAUGCAGAAUACAAGGUGCUGAUUUGCCGCGAAUGCAAGUACGCCAUUCAGAAAAAUGCACUAGGGAGCCACCUGCUUCGUCAUAAGAUCUAUCGCGGUGAGAGACAGCGGUUAUUGUCAUCCAUUUCUCAGCUACACGUUCUGGACCCAGAUGAUGUGCGUUCUCCGUUUGCAGACUGUCCUCCGGUGGAUGGAUUACCGGUCAUUGCGGGUUACAAAUGUUUGGCUCCCGGCUGUGGAAGUCUCUGUGCUAGCUUCAAAAGGAUGAGGCAUCAUUGGAGCACAACUCAUGCUUUAAGCAACCCUUCUGAUGACUUUGCAUGCUCGGUGGAUCUGCAAACCUUCUUCCGGGGCACGAAACUCAGGUACUUUGAAGUCUCCCGGUCGACAAGUGUAGUUGGCCCAUCGCUGGUUCCUGAUUGUCAGGAUUCGAGAAUAGCACAGCAAGAUUCCAAUCUCGUAGUUGAACCGAAACCCCAUGCGAAAACCUCUGUACUCCCUAGAUCCGCAUUGUCAGGAUCCAUACUUCCUGGAUUUGACUUUGAUCUAGAAGCGCUGAGAUAUUUUCACCACUUUGUGACCACGACGAGUCUGACGUUGCCAGCUAGGGACUAUAGACUGUCUACGUACUGGCAGACAGACGUUAUUGAACAAGCCUUGCAGCUGCGCUGGCUAAUGUGCGGUGUAUUGGCUAUUUCAGCAAGCCAUAUGGCCGCGCGUUUGGACGUUGAGACGACCAAACAAAUGCACCUAGAUCGAUCCGCGCAGUUCCAACUGGGGUUCCUAGCUGGAUGGAACGAGAUGAAACAUAGUACCGUCAAUCUGGAUACUGAAGAGCUGAAAACAGGUGCCCAGAUGAUUUGCAUUCAACGAUGCUGCCAGUGGACGUUGGCAAAACCGAACACACCAGAUCAAAAUUCGCUUGAGUUGUUCACUGCAUCUAUUCGUGGCUGUAUUGACUCAAACUUUGCUCUUUGCUCUGAAGUCAGUGGCAACUCCUUUCUCGUAAAUGCGUCUAUUCCCCUUGUCAAUGUUGAAAAUGAAAAUUCCGGGGUCGGUAACCAUUCGCCUCCGGCACUUUUGGAACAUCUUCGCAGUCUGCCUUAUCGUAUGGCUGAGCCAUUAGGGAAACCCGAUGAUCCUCUAGACGUCAUGGCCACGCUUCAAGCCGUAGAAACUCUGGUAGACUGCUGCUUGCUGACCUAUAGAGCCGAUGAAGUCGGAACGGUGUGGAUUGGUAUGGAAUCGUGGUUAAGAAGAGUUCCUCGCCACUUCGAAGAAAUGAUUUUACGGCGGGCUCCGGCUGCUCUUAUCGUGUUGGGUCACUGGUUGGUGUUGGUGGAACGAGCAGAGCAUUACUGCUGGGUCUUGAAAGGCUUGGCGGUGAGGAUAAUGACUCAGAUUUCUGGAGAUUUGCCUGAAGAAUACGCCAUCCAGAGUCUGGUCGCGGGCCUCAUAGGUUGA